AACAAUUUCCUAAAAUUUUGCUAAACAUUUUCAAUUAUCGUUUCUUCUCUUUCUCACUGGAAAGCAAUGGCGGCAAUAGAAGCUGCAGUUUCUAUCUUCUCAGUCUACUCUUCUUCUUCUUCUUCUUCUUCUUCCUCCUCCUCCUCCUCCUCCUCUAAAUUCCCCUUAACCCCUAAACAAUUACCCUCCAUAAAGGUCCAUGUUUCCAGUUCCGUCCCUUAUCUUUUUCGCAGUUUCACUUUUCCUCCUCCCACCCUCGUUCUGAACAACCGCACAACAAGCCCGUACUUUAAACUAUGCUCUGCGCUGCAGGAGGCUGUGGUAGAAGAAAAACCAGAGCAAACCCAGAACCCAAACCCCAAAAGAAAGCUCUACGUGUUCAAUCUUCCCUGGUCUCUCUCUGUUGUGGACAUCAAGAACCUCUUUGGCGAAUGCGGAACUGUCGAAGACGUUGAGAUAAUAAAGCAGAAAGAUGGGAAGCACAGAGGCUUUGCGUUCGUGACAUUGGCGUCUGCUGAAGAAGCUCAGGCUGUUAUUGAUAAAUUUGACUCUCAAGAAAUAUCGGGUCGGGUAGUAAGGAUAGAGUUCGCAAAGAGAUUCAAGAAACCUUCUCCUCCACGUCCUCAAGAUUCCCCUGCUGGAGAGACACGUCAUAAGCUUUAUGUGUCAAAUCUUGCUUGGAAAGUAAGAUCUACCCAUCUCAGAGAAUUUGUUUCUGAAAAUUUCAAACCAGUUUCGGCCAGGGUUGUCUUUGAUGCCCCUUUGGGGAGAUCUGCUGGUUAUGGCUUUGUUUCUUUUGCUACAAGGGAGGAGGCAGAGGCUGUGAUUUCUGCUUUGGAUGGGAAGGAACUGAUGGGCAGACCACUUCGUCUGAAAUUCAGUCAAACAAAUGAUGAUGAAGCUGGAAGUGAAAAGGAAGAAGACUUAUCCAAGGUUCAACUGGAGGGGGAUGUAGCAUAGCCAUUCUUGGUAAUCUUGAUCCUCGGUUGCUGAUUAAGAGUAAUCUGGUAGAAGCUGGAUUUUUUUACCUCAACUGCCAUGAAAGUGAUGGAAGUUCUUCCCUUCUGUCUGUAAAUUUUUGCAUUCAUUAUUCUUUUCCUUUUUAAUUUUACGAGUACUGUAGACUAACAGUUACUUUCUCUCAUGUAUCUUCUUGAUUAUGUAAUGUUGCUGAUAUACAUGUUAGCUGUCUUAUUUCAGAUUUACAGGUUGAAAUUUAUUUUGUGUAUUAUGAAGAAAUCCCUUUUCUGGCGUUGCAUUUUGA